AUGUCGACAGCACAAACCGAAACGACUCUAAUCAACACUCGCGCCGGCGGUGUGUACAUACCGCCGGCACGCCUGCGAAUGAUGCAGCAACAGAUCACUGAUAAGAACUCUGCAGAAUAUCAGCGCAUAACUUGGGAAGCUCUUAAAAAGAGUAUAAACGGUUUGAUCAACAAGGUUAAUACAUCAAACAUAAAAAAUAUUAUAUUUGAAUUAAUAAAUGAGAAUCUUAUUCGUGGUCGCGGUCUUUUUGCACGAUCCAUAAUGAAAGCUCAAGCUGCAUCAUUACCGUUUACUCCUGUAUAUGCCGCAUUAGUUUCUGUUGUUAAUACAAAAUUUCCGCAAGUAGGAGCAUUGCUAUGCACGAGGUUAGUUGUGCAAUUUAGAAAGGCUUAUCGAAGAAAUGAUAAGACAGCCUGCUUGGCAACGACUACGUUCAUAGCACAUCUCUGUAAUCAAAGCGUAUUGGACGAAUUAGUCGCUCUCCAAAUUCUCGUCCUUCUUCUCGAACGUCCUACCAACGAUUCGGUCGAAAUAGCUGUUGGCUUUAUGCGAGAAGUAGGUGCACUUCUUGCUGAAGUUAAUCCAAAGGCUAACAACAGCGUGUACGAUCGUUUUCGUGCCAUUCUUCACGAGGGUAGUAUCGAUAAAAGAGUGCAAUAUAUGAUUGAGGUACUUUUCCAAUUACGCAAAGACAAAUACAAAGAAAACCCAAUGAUACCCGAUGGUCUGGAUUUAGUAGAGGAAGGCGAGCAGUGUAUACAUCACCUUGCGCUUGACGAUGAGUUGGAUGUGGAGGAGGAAUUGGAUGCUGCUCAAAAAAUUGAAAUUCAUGAUCGAACCAAUACAAGCAUAAUACAUUUGAGAAGAACAAUAUAUUUGACAAUAAAAUCAAGUGUGGAUUAUGAAGAAUGCUGUCAUAAACUUAUGAAAUUAAAUAUAAAAGAAGGACAAGAGUUAGAGCUCGCCAACAUGAUAAUAGAAUGUUGUUCACAAGAACGCACAUACGAGAAAUUUUUCGGACUAGUUGGCGAACGUCUUUCCAAACUAAACAUUGUUUGGGCUAGAUCCUUUGAACAAUGUUUUGUCCAAUACUUUACCACAAUCCAUCGAUAUGAAACAAAUCGCCUUCGGCAAAUUUCCAAAUUUUUCGGUCAUCUUCUUGCCACAGAUGCAAUCUCGUGGGAAGUAAUGAAGGCUAUCCAGUUGACUGAGGAGGACACAACUAGCAGUUCGAGAAUCUUUGUUAAGAUUCUUUUUGAAGAAUUAAGUAGUAACUUUGGAAUAGUGAAGUUGAGGGCGAGAUUGCAAAGCGAAGAGAUGAAGCCAUUCGUUGGUGGACUAUUCCCGACGGAUAAUCCGAAAAAUAUGCGAUUUGCUAUUAACUACUUUACCAGCAUUGGGCUCGGUGCAUUAACCGAAGAGUUAAGAGAGCAUUUGAAGAAUGCUCCAAAAUUGUUAAUGACGCAGAAAAGAAAACUCUCUUCCUCCUCAUCCGGCUCAGAUGAAGAUGAUUCUUCCUCGUCAGCAAGUUCUUCAGGGUCAGAGACCGACUCAGAUGCAAGAAGAGACGUAGGAAGAGUAGCUACGAUAGAAAUCGUGACGCAAAGACUCGCAAAAGGUGAUUUGUAA